CCCCACCCCCAGACAUACUGCCCCUCAACCGUACCGUGAGCCCCCUUCUACCUGUUUAGCCAGGUAAUGGGGAGGGGGGGGGGUGCCUUUUUUUUUAUUUCUUUUUCUUUUUUUUUUUAACUUAUAUUAAAUUGCAAAUUAUUCAGAAAUGCAACACACAGGUCUCCCCUUAAAGUUGUCUAAUCACAUUCAUCACCCUGAGAAAGAUUUACAUACAUUUCUGUUUUUAGUUCAUCUUGUGACUCUUUUCCCAGAAACACUUCAGGGCUGUUAAUUGAGCGAGUUUCAUUUCUGUAUUUUAUUUUAUUUUUAAAUUUUAUUUUAGAUUUUAUUGUAUCUUCUUGCCCAAAUGAAGUCCUUAGGCGCUUCUACCUUUGGAUACAUUGUUGCAUUUCAUUUUAUAGAUAGAUUUAUAUAUUAUUAUUUUUUUUUUUUUAAUAGGAUGACUUUAUUUUGUCAUCGCACAGUUUAGACACCUAUUUGUGGGAUGGUCCUGGGUGCUGUGCAGUUUGAUGUCCAUUCCAUGACCCCCCCCCCCCCCAUCCUUCCAAUUUUGCAGUCAUUUGAUAGAAAAAAAAAAUUAAAAAAAAAGUUGCCUUCUUUCAGACUGGCCAUUUAUUUCACUGUGCGGUUUUGUAGUAGUAUUGGCUGGUGAAGUUUGUUGCAGUCGUGUUUGUUUGCUUUUAGUGUGAGUGUGUGUCAUUUGUUUAUAGGCAGCCUGCGUUAUUAGUAAACCUUCAUUCACACUUUGUUAAAAAAAAAAAAAAAAAAAGGUUUGUCUUGGCCAAAGUGAGACAGUGCCUAGGUGCUAGGAUUGGGCGAAUGCUCAGGGUUAGCAAGGGUUAACUGCUCUUGUCUUAAGGGUUACAUUUAUUUUACAAUCCCCCCCCCUUUUCCAAAACUGGAACCCCCUUGUCCUUAUCUCCCCUUACCUAAAGUGCAACUUUUUUUAAACUACACAUAAAAGCCCCCCCCCCCCCCCUGCAGAAUAACGGUGCAGUCCCCUUCACUUACAUUCUAGGAGGACACUACAGCCAGCUCUGCUACACACAGAAGGGGGUGGGGGGUUGAGGGGGGGGACGACGACACUCUUUUUGAUUCUUGCAUAGACUUCUGCCAGUCCAUGUGGUGGGAGCCUUCCAGCCUGGGUGUCACUGUCUCUCUCUCUCUCCAAGUUCACAAGGUUUCAUUACAGUCCACUACUAUCCAAGGAUCUGCAUCUCCCAUUACACUCAACACCCCCCCCCCCCCCCCCCUCCCUAAAGAGUUGUGCAAAAAAAAAAAAAAAAAGGCUUCUGGCCGAGGAUGCAGGUGGGGGAAGCUUUGACUCACCAUUGCAAGAUGUAAUUCUUGUAUUCAUUCUGCUUUGCAACCCUUAAGACAACAGCGAGAAGAUCACUGCUGUGAGGGUGGGGGAGAGACAGACAGACCCUGGAAGAAAGGGGGUCUGUGGGAGACUUUUUUUUUUUUUUGGGGGGCAUUCUUUGGCGCCCUGUGUUUAAAUGGGAUCUACCAAUGCCCACACUGUGCUGUGUUUGGUUGAUAGAGUCUGCGUGCUGCUGAUAUACAGUCGGAGCCCAUGAGAACUAGCUUCUGAUCCACUGUUAUCAAUGAAGCAGAUGAUGGCGGAUGGCCCCAGGUGUAAGAGGCGAAAACAAGCCAAUCCAAGGAGGAAAAACGGAGGACUUAUAUUACACAUUGACAGAGAUGAGCAGGACCUAUCCCUUCUACCAGAGCGACACCCAAAUAUUUGUAGGAGGAAAGACUCCCGCAAUAUUUUGAAUUACGACAAUGUAGUGGACACGGGUUCGGAAACAGAUGAAGACGACAAGCUUCAAAUUGCUGAAGAUGACAGUAUUAUUACCACUUUGGACCAGGAAACCAGUCCAGCCAGUAUGCUCAACCAUGAGUCUUCUCCACAUGCCAACCAGGCUUUACUGGCUAGAGAAGAAGAGGAAGAUGACUUGAGAGAUUUGAGAGAUGGAGGAAUGGAUCACAGUUGGCACAAUGAUGAUCUCCUGAAAACGCCUAUAGAUGGCUCUGAUGAAAUGAAGGGAGAAUAUGACUGUAUGGGGCCAGAAGCCACUCACGCAACCACUAUAAACAACGGUACAGUGAAGAACACGAAUUGCACUUCGGAAUUUGAGGAGUAUUUCGCCAAAAGAAAAAUGGACGAUGGCGUCGGGCACGGAGUUAGCAUAGCGGAGUACCUGCAUCGCAGUGACACGGCCAUAAUUUACCCAGAAGCCCCUGAGGAGCUUUGCCGCUUGGGUACCCCAGAGGCCAACGGUCAGGAAGAGAAUGACCUACCACCUGGAACACCAGAUGCCUUUGCCCAGCUGCUGACCUGUCCCUAUUGCGACCGAGGCUACAAGCGGUUGACGUCACUAAAGGAGCACAUCAAAUACCGCCAUGAGAAGAACGAGGAGAACUUUUCCUGUCCUCUCUGUAGCUAUACGUUUGCCUACCGCACCCAACUCGAGCGGCAUAUGGUGACGCACAAGCCAGGGAGAGAUCAGCACCAACUGUUGACCCAGGGAGCUAGCAAUCGCAAGUUCAAGUGCACAGAGUGUGGCAAGGCAUUCAAGUACAAACACCAUUUAAAGGAACACCUGCGAAUACAUAGCGGGGAGAAACCAUAUGAAUGCCCAAAUUGCAAGAAACGCUUCUCCCAUUCAGGGUCCUACAGUUCACACAUUAGCAGUAAAAAAUGCAUUGGCCUAAUCUCUGUGAACGGGAGGAUGAGAAACAACAUGAAGGCGGGUUCAUCUCCUAACUCUGUGUCUUCAUCUCCCACUAACUCAGCCAUAACACAACUCCGGCACAAACUGGAGAAUGGUAAACCACUCGGUAUGACUGACUCUUCAGGCUUGUUGAAGAUCAAAACUGAAACGCUAGAUUAUAAUGAUUAUAAACUUCUUAUGGCAGCCACUCACGGGUUCAACGGUCCUAAUCCAUUUAUGAAUGGUGGUCUUGGAGCAACCAGCCCCCUCGGAAUUCACUCCUCAGCGCAAAGUCCAAUGCAGCACUUAGGUGUCGGGAUAGAAGCAUCGUUACUUGGGUAUCCAACCAUACACAGUAAUUUAAGUGAGGUGCAGAAGGUCUUAGAAAUUGUGGACAACACCGUUUCUAGACAGAAGAUGGAAUACAAGAAUGAUGAAAUUGCAAAGUUGAAGGGCUAUCACAUGAAAGAAACAGGACCUCAAGGAGAGGAUCAAGGUAUGACAUCUCCUGGUAUUCCACAAGUCGGUCUUCCUGUAGUAAGUCAUAAUGGUGCCACUAAAAGUAUUAUAGACUAUACGUUGGAGAAGGUGAAUGAAGCCAAAGCUUGUUUACAGAGCUUGACCACGGAAUCAAGAAGGCCAUUUAACAGUAUUAAGAAGGAAAAGUUACGUACUUUGAUAGACCUUGUAAGUGAAGAAAAGAUGUUAGAGAGCCAUAAUAUAUCCACUCCAUUUUCUUGCCAGUUUUGUAAAGAAAGUUUUAACGGCCCCAUUCCUUUACAUCAACAUGAACGAUACUUAUGUAAAAUGAAUGAGGAAAUAAAAGCAGUCCUCCAACCCAGUGAAAAUCUAAUUCUCAAUAAACAGGCAAUGUUUGCUGAGAAACAAGCACUCUUGCUGUCGUCGGUACUUUCCGAGAAAGGAAUGACUAGCCCAAUCAACCCAUACAAGGACCACAUGUCUGUACUUAAAGCUUAUUACGCUAUGAAUAUGGAACCUAACUCUGAUGAACUACUGAAAAUUUCCAUAGCAGUUGGCCUUCCUCAGGAAUUUGUGAAGGACUGGUUUGAACAAAGAAAAAUCUACCAAUAUGCAACUUCCAGGUCACCGUCUUUGGAAAGGACCAGUGUGGAAGUGGCUCCAGUAAACACCACUCCCACUAAAGACUCUCUGUCAGCUAGAUCACCAGUAAAACCUGUGGAUUCUAUCACUUCACCGUCUAUAGCGGAACUUCAUAACCGGGUAUCUAAUUGUGAUACACCUCUCAGGCUAACAAAACCUAGUCAUUUUGCUGGUCUGAAGCCAGUCGUAGAUAAAUUGGACCACUCCAGGAGCAAUACUCCAUCUCCAUUAAAUCUUUCUUCCACAUCUUCUAAAAACUCCCAUAGUAGUUCUUACACUCCAAACAGUUUUUCCUCAGAGGAGCUUCAAGCUGAGCCUUUGGACUUAUCUGUGCCAAGACUAAUGAAGGAAUCGAAAAGUGUUACAGCCGCAAGGAACAAAACCAAACCUAAUAACAUCACUAUUGAACACAACAGUGUUCCUUUACUUUCUGACAUGGUAGAUGAGCCCCUGAACUUAACGUACAUUAAGAAAGAAUUUUGUAAUGCUAAUAAUCUGGACAAAAGCACUAACCCACUAUUUGGUCUGAAUCCAUUUAGUGGAAAACCUUUGUACACGGCGCUUCCACCACAGAGCGCCUUUCCACCAGCCACUUUUAUGCCGCCAGUACAGGCUAAUAUCCCUGGGUUGCGACACUACCCAGGGCUUGAUCAAAUGAGCUUCCUUCCACACAUGGCCUACACAUACCCAACUGGAGCAUCUACAUUUCUUGAUAUGCAGCAGCGGAGGAAAUAUCAGCGAAAACAGGGAUUUCAGGGUGAAAUGCUUGAUGGAACCCCGGAUUACAUGUCAGGUCUAGAUGAUAUGACGGAUUCUGACUCCUGCCUGAGCCGAAAGAAGAUUAAAAAGACAGAGAGUGGCAUGUACGCGUGUGAUUUAUGUGAUAAGACAUUCCAGAAAAGUAGCUCCCUCUUGAGACAUAAAUACGAACAUACAGGAAAAAGGCCACACCAGUGUCAGAUUUGUAAAAAAGCAUUUAAACAUAAACACCAUCUAAUAGAACAUUCACGUCUGCACUCCGGCGAAAAGCCAUACCAAUGUGACAAGUGCGGGAAGCGUUUCUCACAUUCUGGGUCCUACUCACAGCACAUGAACCAUAGGUAUUCCUACUGUAAAAGAGAGGCCGAAGAAAGGGAGGCCGCGGAGAGGGAAGCCAGAGAGAAGGGUCAUUUAGAACCGACAGAGCUGCUGAUGAAUCGAGCUUACUUACAGAGUAUAACACCUCAGGGCUACUCUGACUCAGAGGAAAGAGAAAGUAUGCUGAGAGAUGGAGAGAUUGAAAGAGAGCAUGACAAGGAGGUGGAGGACGUUUAUAAGCUUGGAAGACAAGAUGGAGAUGAAGAGUUUGAAGAGGAAGAGGAAGAAAGCGAGAAUAAGAGCAUGGACACGGAUCCGGACACGAUCAGAGAUGAGGAAGAGAAUGGUGAACAUUCAAUGGACGAUAGUUCAGAGGAUGGUAAAAUGGAAAUAAAGUCAGACCAUGAAGAAGAAAACAUGGAGGAUGGCAUGUAAUAAACUACUGCAUUUUAAGCUUCCGAUUUUCUCCAGUAGUCUUGUUACCUGCUUGAAAACUCUGCUGUGUUUAAGCUGUUCAUGCACGUGCCUGAAGCUUCCACGAAGCCUGUAUAGAUGAACUGAUGGGGGUGGGUGGGCAGUUCUGCCAAAAACAAACAAAAAAAAAGUUAAAUGAAGUUUGAGGUGGUCUUUGUUGAGAACUGCAUUAUGCAAACUUUUUGUACAGUAUUAAAGGCCUAGAAACUGUGUGGUUUCAGAGACUAAACCCUGUGUUUAAUAGCAUUUAUUCUUUAAGCACAAAAUAGUUAAUUGUACGAAUUGCACUCUACUUAUAUAUCACUACAGACUUAAAAAAAAAAAAAAGAUAUUUCUAAUUUAUAUUAAUACAUUUAAAAUUAAAAAAAAAAAAGUGCCCGCACUGCUGUACAUCAGUAUUAUCAUUUCACUUUAAUUUAAGGUGCUCGCACUGCAAUACGACUUUUAUUAAAACUCCUUCAUAACUUUACUUUCCUAUUCUCAGUUUUCUCAGUUUCAUGGUAGAUAACCACACAAUUUUAGGCCUAUUUUUAAUUUAAUUUUUAUUUUAUUUUAUUUUUCAAAUUAUAAUGUAAAGGAACAUGAAGUGAUGCAUGUGUAAAAAAAAAAAAGGAGAUUCCGAAGUCUUAAGAGUGACCUGGAUAUGGUGGUUAAAAGAAAGGUGAUGACAAAGAAAGCCUUUGUAAGGUGUUUUUAAAAGAAAAAAAAGCCUUAUAUGCAAACCUUUUAAUCUGUGUGUUUCUGCAAGUGCCAUCCUUGUACAGUGUUAAGAAGGUAACAAGUGUUACCCAAUGCACCAGCUUCAGUGUUAAGCUUACCCUGUUCUUUGAAGCACCCAUGUCAGUAUUAGAAUAGGCGGCAGUUCCUUAGUUUACAUGUGUUUGUGCAAUUUUUUCUGUAAUUUUUUUUUGUUCAUUAAUUUUGUCAGUAUUACACCAAACUUUUUUUUUGCAAGUUUUUUUUGCAUUCAUUUAAUUUUAGGUCAAAUAACAUUUUAUUUAUGUGGCUCAUUUUAUAUUUCCUAAUUUUAUUUAUUUCAUACUGUAGUGUACAGUAUAAUAGUUCUUCAAUAUAGAUAUAUUUUAGUAAAAAAGGAACAUGAUGUUGAUCACUUGGGCAAAUUUUACGUAAAGAGAAGAGCAUUUAUGUGUUUUGAAACCUUAAUUUUGAAAUGCAAUUUUUUUUUUCAAUUUUAUUAUUAUUAUUUUAUUUUUGUUCGUUUUAUUAUUAUUUUUUUUUUCUUUUCUUUCCAAUUACUGGAAAUUCCAAAUUUGGGAACUUUUGAUACGAUCUUGUGAAAACACUGUAUUUUCAACUGAAAAAAUUCCACUUUCUUCAUCUUGUUUUAUAGCUAAAAAAAAGAGGGACUGUUAAAUACAAUGUAUAAUACCAUGACAAAAAAAAUCUUUCCUGACUUGUCUUUGUAAAAGUAUUAUUGAAUUUUCAAUUUGUAAUUUCUCUUGAAAAUGACCAUGCUCAAAUAAAAAAAAAAUGUAGCCAAACUAUGCAAAGUGUGACUGACUACUUAAAGAUACUUUGGUGGGUUUUGUAGUGCUUAUUGAUAAAGUAAUUUUAUAUGUUUAUAUUCUAUUUGCAAACACGGCUAUAUUGAUGACUUAUCGGUAGACAAUUUGCACAUGUUAACCCUAGUUCAUACGUGUGGUUUCUCCAAGAACGGUAUUUAUGCUCCUGUGGAUUUGUGAUUUAUGUCAUCUGUGUUUGCCGAUGUUUAAAUAAGUGAAGUUUUAAUAUAAAUGAUAAAUAAUAAUAGACAAUGCUCAAAUAUAUUGAUACAAAAGUAAAAAAAAAAAAAAACAGAGCCCAUUCCUUAAUAUAGCUUAGAAUAUUUGUUAUGUUAUUUGCUGACACAUUUGUUUUUUAAUUACUGACAAAUACAUUCCCAAGACAAACGUUUAGGCACUAUCUUUUGGAGAGGUCAUGACUAUUUGAUUGGGAAGGGGGACCCCAAUGAUCCCAGAAAUGGGGGUGCAUUCCAAAUCUCUAACAGACUUUAUUGACAAGUGAUUGUGCAAAUAUGACCACUUCUCGACCUGCAAAGGGAACCAGACACCCCUUUUUCUUAAUGGGGGGACCCAGCAGUCAGAUGAAACAGAUCUGAUGUAUCCAAUUGAUAGUCCUUUAAACUUUGUCAUGGCAAAACCGCUUUAUGAAGUUUACAGGUGUAAAUAAAACACAUAAAUAUUGAAGCACCCCAAAAAUAUAAUAAAAGUAUAAAGCAAAAAAUACAUUUUAAUAAACUUCUAAUGAUACCACUGGUCUCAGAUACCUGAGCAAACACAAGUCAAUCAAGUAAUAUACAGUAUAUACAUUUAACUUGCUUAUCACCCACACCUUAAUGAUCUCGCGCUCUCUCUAUAUUUAUCUGUAUGCAUUAAAUUCCCAUAUUGGGUUUACUUACUUUUCAACAUUACAUUAGGACUGCAACAGCAAUUAUUUUCUCCCUGUUACUUCAUUAAACACAACAAAUAACAUGUCAAAUAAGUGAAAUGUCCGACUUGUUAUUUUUGUAUAUAGCAUGUAAUUUUUUUGUAUUUUAUUAAAAAUUUUUGCUUUGCUUUGACCAGAUUCACCCCUGGUUGUACCCUUACUAGACCAUUGUAAAUAUAUGAUGGGCAUAGAGGCCAAAUAAAAAAAAAAAUACAAUGUCGGUAAUUUACUGAAUCAUUUCAGUAAAAGAAAAUAAU